GAACUGAUUUCCUCAUUGGAGUUCAUUAUUGGAAGUCUUGAGGAGUUUACACAUUUAUAUACAAAGUACGUAGGCCAGCUCAUUUGUCUUGGCUCAUGUGUAAUGAUCUUUCAUGCGUAUUGAAAAAUUACUAUUCUCAAAUAAGGAGAAUGUAUAUCUCAGGUCAUUUACAGUCUCAAAGGUUUGUCAGUAUAUUUUGAAACAAUCCUGCGAACAGAUCUAGAUUGAAGGAGACUUAAGAAUCAUGAACUGCUCUUUCUCAGUGACCGGGUCUUUCGCUCAGGCGCAGAUGGGGAAGCGGAGCCAAUAUGCCAGUGGCCCGGGGCUGGGUUUGUCGCAAAACUUAUGUGACCCCACGGAGACCCUUCAAGAAAUCUUGUCUCGACCAAGAGCUGAAGCUGAUCGGCGAGUAUGGGCUCCGGAAUAAACGUGAGGUCUGGAGGGUCAAAUUUACCCUGGCCAAGAUCCGCAAGGCCGCCCGGGAACUGCUGACGCUUGAUGAGAAGGACCCACGGCGUCUGUUCGAAGGCAACUCCCUGCUGCGGCAGCUGGUCCGCAUUGGGGUGCUGGAUGAGGGCAAGAUGAAGCUGGAUUACAUCCUGGGCCUGAAGAUAGAGGAUUUCUUAGAGAGACGCCUACAGACCCAGGUCUUCAAGCUGGGCUUGGCCAAGUCCAUCCACCACGCUCGCGUGCUGAUCCGCCAGCGCCAUAUCAGGGUCUGCAAGCAGGUGGUGAACAUCCCGUCCUUCAUUGUCCGCCUGGAUUCCCAGAAGCACAUCGACUUCUCUCUGCGCUCUCCCUAUGGGGGUGGCCGCCCGGGCCGCGUAAAGACGAAGAAUGCCAAGAAGGGCCAGGGUGGGGCUGGGGCUGGAGACGAUGAGGAGGAGGAUUAAGCCCACUUGUCCCUCCUGGGCUGCUGGAUUGUCUCGUUUUCCUGCCAAAUAAACAGGAUCAGAGCUUUAAAAAAGAAAAACAAAAAGAAUCAUGAACCGGAGGCGGCACCGGGGCAGGCGCAGAGCUGGCAAGCACGUGGUGGGGCCCGAGGCACGCAGAGGGUGGCGCGCCUGGGAGCCUGUCGCUGGCGCGGUCCAGGAGGGAGGUUCGGCGGCGGGAGGCAGCGUGUCGGUUGCAGGGCUGAAGAAGCAGUCCUAUAAGGUCAGUGAGAAGGUCGGAGGGGCUGAGGGGACCAAGCGAGAUGAUGACUUCAAAGAGAUGGAGGUGUCAUCAAUAAGGCGGUGACGGAAAUGCUGGCAAGGACCAUCAAGUACCUGCAGUCCAACCCAGCCUCGCAGGCUAAGCUGACCAUGCUCACGGUGUGCAAGAUCCGGGGCCAGGUGAAGAACCCCGGCUACCCGCAGUCGGAGGGGGUCCUGAGCCAGUGCCUCAUCCGCCACCAGAAGGAGCUGGGCAAUGAGUCCAACUUCACUGAUGCACUGCUGGAUGCCAGCGAGUCCAUGAAGCACCUGGCAGAGGUGAAGAACUCCCUGGACAUAGAGGUCAAGCAGAACUUCAUUGACUUCCUCCAGAACCUGUGUGAGAAAGACCUGAAGGGGAUCCAGCACCACGUGCAGAAGCUGGAGGGCCGCCGCCUGGACUUUGACUAAAAGAAGCGGCAGGACAAGAUCCCCGAUGAGGAGCUGCGCCAGAUGUCAGGCUUUGGGAGAAGGCAGCAAGACACCAAUGAUGAGAGUGAUGUUAUCAGUGCACUAAGUAAUAUCUUGCCUUAUUUCUCAGCAGAUCUAGAUGCAGAAUCAAUAUUGUUACCAUUCGCUAAACUGCUUUUUUCAAAUGGACGAGAUGGAGAUAGUCUCCUGAGGUAUUUUGAAAAACAAUAGAAAGAGCCCCUCACAGUCCAACCUUCUAGGUAAUAAAUUUGAACAUCAAAUAUUUCCAAAUAAACUAGAAACUGUUGAACCAUAGGAAAACAGCCUAGCAAGAUUCAAAGUGUAGGCAAAACUUACAGAGAGUGAAGACAGUCCUCAUAGGCCCAAGAAGCAUCCAGAAAAGACACUUCAAAGAGGCGGGAAAGCACAGCACUAGGAAAGAACAGGAUGCCCAGGCACUUGUGGACAAUGCUACCAAAGAAAAAAGGCUUGAGAGUCCAGCCCCAAGGGAGCUGGAACAGCCUCAUGUAGUGCAGGGUCCUGAGAAGGUAGCGGGAAACACCAUCUACACUAAGCCUUCGUUCACCCAAGAGCAUAAGGCAGCAGUCUCCUCUGUGCUGAAACCCUUCUCCAUGGUCAUGCCUUCUGCCUCUAGCCCCGCAAGAGCCCUACCUCAGGUCAGAGACAGACCGAAAGACUUAGCCUACCCCAUUUAUUGUUAGAAAUUGCAAUGGCUAAGCCAGCAGAGUGGCGCAGCGGAAGCGUGCUGGGCCCAUAACCCAGAAGUCGAUGGAUCGAAACCAUCCUCUGCUAGAAAUUGCAAUGGCUAGUGUUAAAAAUAUGGAAGAUUCUAAACAAAUCAUACGUUCCAAAAAAAAUACCGCUUUUAUAAAACUCGCUCCCAUGUGGCCCACAGAAUACCCAAGGCCAAAAAGAUUAGAAAGUUUAGAAAGAGCAGUUAUCUCAAUAGACUGAUGCUCGCAAAGAGGCUGCCGUUCUCUGCAGAGAAGAGCCUCAUAAAUUCACAAGGGGUUUUUUCAUCCUUAGGAUCUUGAGUCCUCAAGAAAACCCUCUUCUGGAAGUAUUUGCUCCUUCAGAAUGUUUUAAGAGAAAACACUCAUGUAAAAGACACAGCUGCAAGAGAUGCCUCUGAAGAAAACGUUUUUAUGGAAAACACUGUUAUGCCAGAAGGCACCAUCUCUGAAAACACAAACUACAAUCAUCCUCCUGUGGCAGCUUCCGCCGGGACUGCGUUCAACUUACAGCCAACUUUAACCAAGCUGAGACAAAAUGGGAAUACAACAACGUGGGCACUGGCCUGUCCCCCAAGCCCAAAAGCUUCAAUGACCCAUUGCUCUCCUCCCCAGGUGAUCAGUUUGAAAUUCAGCUAACCCAGCAGCUACGGUCCCUCAUCCCCAACGAGGAUGUGAGAAGGUUCAUGUCUCAUGUUAUCUAGACACUGAAAAUGGAAUGUUCAGAAACGUAUGUGCAAAUGACCUGUGCCAAGCUCAUGUCGCGAACAGGCCUCCUGAUGAAGCUUCUCAGCAAGCAGCAGGAAGCAAAGGCAUCCAAGGCAGAAUGGGAUACGGACCAAUGGAAAACUAACCAUAUUAAUGAGAGUGGAAAGAAAGAGCAGAAGUCGUCUGAGCUCAUGAAAGAAGUUCCACGAUACGGCCAUAACAACGAAGUCAUCUUGGCAAUAUCUGUGACUGUAACACUAACACUUUGGAUUGUAAUGAUUUGUCUGAUUGAGGUAAGGACAAUAAUUAAUUCAGGUUUUCAGAAUACAA